ACUUAGGUCCCGACGCCUGAUGUGUCCAGCUAUUUAUACUAGGGACACAGUGUAGAGGGUGGCUGUUUAGGUAAACAUUAGAAAUAUCAGGAACUCGAUAAUUUUUAUUGAGCUACUCAUCCGCCAAGUACAUGUAGCAGUGAUCGGGGCUUGAACAUUUUUCAUCCCAUCAGUGUCAUUCUGUACCGACUUGUGAUCACUAAAGGGAUUUUAAAUCGUGAAAUUCCUGGAUUUGCACACACGCUGUUUCCAUGGAUUUCGUAUCGACAAAAUCAAAAAUGAUGCAUCAUUAAGUUUUCACGCUAGUAGAAUAUUACCCUGGAAUAAUUUUGGACAAGAUACAUGUACACUUGGAUUAUGUAUUAGGUGUACAGUAUUGUUUACUUGGCUAAUUUUAGACUUUAUACCUGGACAGGUAGAUCUUGUUUAUUUCAUGUGAAAUUGGAGGACAGUGUCACAUGCAGCAGUAUAGUGCUUGUAUACAUUCUGGAAAAAAGGGUUUGGAUAGAUAUCUAAGAAUCUAAGUACUGAAACAGAUAGAAAUUGUGUACUAGGACAGCUGACAUACCUGGAUUUUAACCUGAUAUAGCUGGAAAUAGCUUACAUGAAUGAACGUGUGUAAGCUACAGGACACCUAAUACAUGUACGUUUAGGAUUUGUUGACAUCGGAUGAUUUAGAACAGAUAGAAACAUUCAUGAAUAAUAAACCAAUUCCCUGGACUAUAUUUAUAUAUCUGAUUCCAGUAUAACAUUUCGUAAAUAAUAGAUAUAUAUUAAACCUGACAAAGGCUUUAAUUUGGUAGGGAACAGUAUCCAAACCAGUUGGCCACAUCUGGACUGCACCUGAUACGGAGAGACAACUGUUGCCAUUGUUCACUAAUUACAGACAGUAUUUCUGGUCUAUGACCCAUCAGGAUGUAACGUAAAAAUGGAGGUCCUACCUUUAUCGGACCAAUGUGGCUCCACAGAGACCACCUUCUCAGAGUUGGUUGGCAAUACACAGCAGCAGAAGAAUUGGCGAGGGAUAGCCAUUGCUCUUCUUGUCAUCGUCGUUGUCUGUUCACUCAUUAUCACUGCUAUUGUCCUUUUAACGGAAGACCACAACUCUGGUGCUGAAGCUAAGGGAGUUGAAGAUUCCUUAACUCAAAACUUCAGUACAACAGCUAAGCCGAAAGAAGAUAAACGAGAAAAAUUCAGUUUUGAAGAUUUCUUGAGAGGGGAGCUAAAACCAAAAUCCUUCCAUCCAAUUUGGAUAAAAGAUGAUAAGUUCCUCUAUCGAAAUGAUGAUGGCGCCGUGGUCAUAUACAAGUGUUCUGAUAACUCCUCGUCUGUCCUCAUGGAUAACACGACGUUUAGGGAGCUCAACACAGACUCUUACCAGGUAUCACCUGACCAGAAGUACGCUCUCCUGUCGUUUGAUGAGCGACCGAUCUAUCGACAUUCCAAAUUGGCCACAUACAACUAUUAUGACAUUCAGACAAAGAAACAAAGAGUGUUUGAGACAUCGCUAGGUGAAAUUUUCCAGUAUGUGGGCUGGGCUCCCACUGGUCACGGAGUGGUGUUUGUACAGGAUAACAAUAUCUUCUACAAACCAGACAUUUCCCAGAAUGACGUGCUGCCACUACAGAUCACCAAUGACGGCUACCAUGAGGAGAUCUUCAACGGAAUUCCGGACUGGGUGUACGAAGAGGAGAUCCUGGCAUCAGACCACGCCCUCUGGUGGUCACCUGUGGGCUCAUUUCUCCUGUUUGCCUCCUUCAAUGAUACAGAAGUCAGGAAGUACUACUAUCCUCUCUAUGGGAGCAUGCAGGACCCCUACGGGAUGCAGAAGCGCAUUUCAUACCCGAAGGCUGGGUUUAGAAAUCCAACAUUCAAACUGAAAAUCUUCAACUUUAAAACCAAUUUGACGAAAACUGUCCACCCACCAGCAGAGCUGAGGAAUAAGGAAUACUAUUUCACAUUUGUACAAUGGCGAGAUGAUAAUUACGUGUUGAUUUCGUGGAUGAAUCGUGCCCAGAACAAGUCGGUCAUCACCGUGUGUAACGCCGAGACGGGUGUCUGUAGUGUGAAUCAACGCGAGACUGGACAUGGAGCGUGGGUUGAUUUGUCCAAGCCGCCAUUGUUUGCCCCCAAGGGGGAUAAAUACUUCCUCAUACUGCCUAACCAGGAGGGUGUGGCAGGGUACUUCCAACACGUUGCCAUGGUAACCCUUCCAGUGAGUACAUCACCAAAGCCAAAUCCAGAACAGCUAAGUCGGGAGACCGGUGUCCGGCGCUAUCUAACCCUCGGCAAGUACGAUGUCACCAACAUUGUCGGAUAUAAUGAGAAACUUGAACUGGUGUACUACAUAUCAACCGGGGGUGACCCCCGACACAGACAUCUCUACAGUGUGUCCAGCUCUCUGCAAAAUAACUUCCGGCACACCGAGUGUCUGACCUGUGACCUUGAUACAGACCACUGUAAGUACCAUACGGCCAGCUUCAGUCAGUCGGGGAAGUACUAUGUCCUCGGAUGUAUGGGGCCCGGAGUCCCGUACUAUACCCUCCGAUCAACCGAGUCAGACUUUGAGAUCAUGAUAGAGGGCAAUGAAGCUCUGCGGGUUCGACUGCAAAGAAAGGCCCUUCCAAAAACAGAGUACUUUACCUUCAAAGCUGACAAUGGAGAAAUUCUUCAUGGCAAGUUACUGUUACCACCAAUCUUAAAGACUGAGGAAAUCUUGACCUACCCACUUUUACUACGUGUGUAUGGUGGACCAGGAAGUCAGGAGGUAACAGAACAAUUCUCUCUCACCUGGGAAACAUACCUGUCCAGUACCCACGACUUUAUCUGCGCCUACGUGGAUGGCCGAGGGACAGCCGCACGAGGAAAUACAUUCCUUCACUCGAUCUACAGGAAAUUAGGCACCUACGAGGUUGACGAUGCCAUCACAGCCGGAAACUUUUAUGACCAGCUGUCGUAUGUAGAAUCUAGCAAGAUAGCCAUAUGGGGAUGGUCGUACGGGGGAUUCCUGACAGCUUCUGUACUGGGGCGGGGCACGGAAACCUUCGGCUGUGGAAUCUCUGUGGCUCCAGUCACGGAUUGGCACUACUAUGAUUCUGUAUACACUGAAAGAUAUAUGAGCACCCCAGAAGACAAUCCAGAUGGCUACAAUUUGUCAAAUGUUUCCAAAAAUGCCAAGAAUUUCAAGUCAGCAAAAUUUAUGCUAAUUCACGGAACUGGUGAUGAUAAUGUCCAUUUCCAAAACUCAGCCCAGUUGAUGCGAGCUCUAGUUGAAGAGAAUGUCUACUACAGAUCACAGAUAUACACGGAUCAGCAACAUGCACUGAAUGGUGGAAACUCUCGGCGUCAUCUCUACGAAACUAUGGAAGAUUUCCUAAAGGAAUGUUUCACAGGAAAAUCCAAGAAGUUUGAGCAAAAAAGCAAAAUAUUAGAGAACAGUAAACAGGAACCUAUAGACGAGUCUUAGUAGGAACCCUGAAUUUGUUAUAUUAUUUUUUAAUCCGAGUUUUUUCAACAUAUCAACAUGUCUACAAGUCUAUGAUGGAUCAAUAAUUUAUUGUAUGAAUCCUGGCAAAAUCAAAAUUGUACCAUGAAAGGAAUUUUAAGAAACAAAUUCUGUUAAAGUAUUAACAGAAAUAUCAAUGCCUGCGCAAAAUGUAGUAACACAAUGCAGAAAUGUGAUGUAGAUAUCCUUCAUAUUUGAAGAGUUUCAUUUCAAGGGGAGGUACUUGAUAAUUAGCAGAAAGGAAUCACGAUGGAUUGCACAUGAUUUUGAUAAUCAUGUGUUUUGAUAUUUGAAGUAUUUUUACAAGGAUAAAUGAAGAAUAUGCGAUAUUCGAAUAUGAAACAAUAAAUAUUUCUGUUCAUAUUAGUUCGUAGUGUCAACUUUUUUGGAAAACAAAGCGUAUUAUACCAAUUAAAUCAAAGAUGAUAAUUACCAUGAAUUUUAUGAAGUCAUUUUUUUUUCAACUCUUGAUUAGUAAAAAAAAGUCUCAAAGUGAUUAAUUACUUAAACUUUGUGGAAUAUUUUAACGACUAAUUAUUUCAAUUUUUAAAGGAUUUCAUAUGUAAAUUUUAAACACAGCGAAAAGUGAUAUCUGAUGCCUCAGAUUGCUAUGAUUAAUAUACAUACCUUCUGAUUUUUUAGUGAAAAUAUUUUUAGUAUUUUUGGAGUGAUUCCUGAAAUAUUUGCAGUAAGUGACCAGGGCUUGUAGCAUGCAGUUAUAAUUACUGGGCCCCGGAUUGCAUCGCAUUCUGCCAAUCAGUGGUCAUCCUAUUCUAUUCAAAUGUUUUCUACUGUUAUCUCAGGACUCUAAUAGGCACUUCCACAACCAUGUUAAAAUAGAAACGGCAGUAGCUAAUUCUUGCCAAAUGACGCCCUGGUGAUAGAUAUGAAAGGUUAUUAAAAUUAGGAAUUUCUGUCAAACGCUUGUUUAGAAAACAAAAAACGCUAUAUCUUUGAAUGACUAUGAGUCGGCUGAUAUAUAAAUUGUGUCUGGAUCAUAAAUUCUACCGUCACGACAUUGUUAGAUUGGGAUUAAUCGGGGAGGAAGGGGGGGGGGGGACCCAAAGGACUGGCGAAACGCUCAUAUUCCAUCCUUAAUGUCUAUUAACAAACCAACAGACAACGAGGACGAAUGAUCAAACCCUCAAGUUGGCUUUGUUGUUCCAGGACACGUUGAUAGAAACAAGAAAAUAAACAAGUGUUGCGAUAUUCGAAUUCUACACUUUUAUAUUAGAUCAAAGGGAGUUGUUUUAUGACACCUAAGGUGGAAGUUAAGAUCACAUGGAGUUCUUUGGAAUACCUAAUGGGGAUGCUUUGAUCAAAAUGAAGUUGUUUGGAAUGCCGAUUGUCGAAGCUGAAUUCAAGUGGAGUUCACUAAUAGUGAUGGCAGGCUGGUAGCAUCUGCAAGGAUAUAAGUGGAGGAUGCUUUUGUGGGAAAACACUGAUGUCAGAAAUGACACUUUUGAUUGGCUUAGCCCAAAUGUAUGUGUGUCUUAACACAAACCAAUACACAUUUAUACGACAAAUAUGUCGUAAAACACACGAGGAUGAUGCCGAGGUGAUGAAACAUUAUGAAGUGUGAAAAAGACACUGAUUAUUACAGUGAUGUGUCUACGAUUAUUCAUACUUGUUGAGUUCACUAGAGUUUUAUCUUGUGAUGAGGUUGUUACAGACAUAUGAUAAUCUUCCAUGCUGGGGUGGAUACACAAGCACCGGGUGCUAAAAAGACGUUGUCGUGAUGUCUGUGGAACGCAGCACCGUUCUUGUUGUGAUUCUUUAAACAUGUUUAAUCAGGAAAUUUUCACAAUUGAUAUUUCACAUUGCAUGUUUUGUGUCACGUUUUCUUGUAAUUUGUUCGGGUAUUUUACAUGUUAAUCAUGUUUCACGUCAAAUGAUCUGUGUCACAUUUUUGUUACGUUACAGAAGAUGUUUCACAUUUCAUGUAGGUCAUGUUUAACAUCACAUGGUUCCUGUUUUACAAAUAUUCUCGUUUCUUUUUAAAUUGCCUAUUCGAAGAAUAGUCCUAUUAGUAUCUCUCGGGCAUCAGCAUUUGCCAGGUAAAUCGUGUUUUUGCAAGUGUUGAUAUUAAAUGAUAUAACCUUUUGUACUUGAAUAUUGUAAACUGGCAUUGAUGUGUCCAGGGAAUGAAAAAUUGAUCCACUGCAGUUGACGUGUAUUGGAUUUUGUUCUAAUGAUCUUCGAAAGUAUUCACAAAUAAACAGUAUAUUAAGCUCGUGGAUGAGUUUAUCGUCAUGCAAAAUUUCGCGUCAGAUAUCACGUAUAGGUGUCAGACAUAUUACACUAGAUAGAAAUAUUUAGCUUAGAGUAUCACGUAGGAUAACCCUUUUUAAGUACGAGAAAAUUUUAUCAAAACGCUGAACAUAGAAAAUUUCUUUUCUGGAGGUCUUGUAUCUAUUUUGAAAACAUCCAAAUUAUAAUUUAUAUAAAACAUCCAAAUUAUAAUUUAUAUAAAACAUUCAUUGUUCGAUAGAACAGUGCAAUGCUCCAUUGUCAUACCGCAAGGAACUUUGUGAUGUUGUCUGAAAAAAAAUGGUUGAGCCCGUUUUUAUGUAGACUCCGUUCUCCAUUCAUUCUGAUAUCUUUAUGUGCUAUAUAUUAGCAAUGAUUAUCCAUCAUACAUAGAAAGUUACAUCAGUUUAAUGUGAAAAUUUCUUGAUUGACCAUUGUAUUUUUUUUCUUCGGAUUAUAAACUAAUGGUCUUUUUAUCUAAUAUCUUUUUUAUAUACAUUUACACAUGUAUUAUUUUGAAUAUGUGUCAUUACAGUACACCCCAGCUUUUUAACUAAAUCGUACUACUUUCUUUCACUUUUAAUUACAUAUGAAUUGGUGGUAUGUAAAUGAUAUUGAUAUUUACAUAUGUAGAUGUUGUUGAUAUUUGCAUAUGUAAAUAAGGCUGGCGUUUCAUGGUAAUGUUUGUGAUUACCGAAAUGUGAUGUGUAUGCUGAAAUGAAAAUGAGUGAUAAAUUCAAUACAUUUUAUAUGCUAUUUAAAAUAUGAAAUGAAAGAGAAUGAGAGUGAUAACUAGUUUUAUCCAAAUAAUCAUUGUACAUAACCUGUGCUUAAUAAAUUAAUUCUUAAAUGAUUGUGUAAAAAAUUAGUGAUUUCAGUUGAGCGCUUGUCAUGAUAUUUGGGUGAAUGGCGAUCAAGGUUGUUCAGAUACAUUACCUUGGCUCAUAUGUGUUCGUUGUGAUGUACACAUGUAGAUAUUUCAUUGUAUUGUAGGAUUGCUAUUUCGGGUUAAAUGCCGAUUUUUGUAUAUACAUGUACAUAUUCAUCAGUCUAUGUGAUAUCAGUGUGAAACCGUUUAUGUUGAUUAAAGAAAAUCAUAUGCUUCAAACGAUCCAAUUGGCUGCUAAAGAUACAGAAAAUUGGAAAUAAGCAGCAAGACAAUUGGUUAUAGAAUAUUACAUUUACCUUAUAAUUGUUUCACUUUUAAAUUUAAUUCAAGUUUUCAAGUUUUGGGAAAUAACGUAUUUCUGAGUUUUUCUGCAUUUUACGAAAUAAUAGAGCGAGGCGAAUUCAUUCAAGACCGAAAACUGGUUUUCGCCCUUGCGGAAAACAUCCGUUUUACUUGUUUACAUUUUAUCUUGUGUAGUUUUAAUUUACUAAAAUUUCAGAGCUAUUGAACAUAUCAAGCAGUACAAAAUGAUUUUGUUUCACUAAUUUCUAAACAUGAUUUUUUUUUAUAUAUUAUUACAUGGAGGGGAUAGCUAAUCUGUAGUACUGAUAAAGGAAAAGUGAAUAUGAAUCCAGACUAUGACCUUUUUAAGUAAAUAUGUUUAAAUCAAAUCAUACGUUAAGUACUACACGAGGUCCUUAACAUAAAUGGUAAUCAAGUUUAGAUAAAGACUAUUAUUAUUAUUAUUAUUAUUAUUAUUAUUAUUAUAAUGGUUAACUGGGAUAACAUAUAAACGUUAAUUUGUUUCAGUUAAAGUUACACACUGCUUUACUAUCAGGUUAAAUUGUGUAUAUAAGAAAGGAUGUACAUUUUUCUUCAUUAUUAUAUGAUCUACCUCAAAGUAGAGGAAUCCUGAUAUCAGAGUUUUCAUCUUUCGUUUAUUAUAGUGUAUAAACGUUUAAUUUUGGAUUUUACCCCCUGAAUGCGCCUGUGGUUCAUUUCUUAAAAGUAACAUUCUUGCACUUUUUUGAAAAUAUUGUUUUUAAAUCAUUUAAACAUGACAUUGGUAACUUGAUUAUUAAAAGAUGCCCUAUUUUUUCAAACGACAGGUUUCACAUAAAGUACGAAACUGGUUGUAGUUAGUAGUCAAUCACUUAUAUAUAACCAGAAAACAAUAGAGUUAUGUUGAGAGUGUGGGACACUUGAAAACUGCUGCAUUUAAUGAUGUUUUUGUGUGAUCAAAUGACCCAAUAAGGACAGUCGUACAUGUGUGCAAAGUUUGUAAAUUAUGGCUACGUUCAUGGCAUGUUUUAUGGUGAUUGUGAAAUAUGAUAUAACUAUGUGCCGAGAAAAUGCGAGCAAUGUCUUUCAAAGACAUUUUCAUUUUAAAAGGAUGGUAUUUACUAGUAAUUAGCUUUUGAUAACCUUUAUUGAUCGUUUUUCCUCAUCAUCUAAUAAUGUGAUGAUAUCGAGCAUCGAUAUUUCAAUUUUGUAAACAAGAUUUUGUGCAUACUCCAAUAAACGAAUAAGCUAACAUUUACAACAGAAUUCGUUGUUCCGGAAUUAAAAACUCUUAAAAACUCGUAUUUGAGGAGGUCUCGGUAAUCAAAAUGUGAAUUUGAUAAGCCAUGUUAAGUCUAAACCUUACAAUUCCGGAAUUAAGAAAAUCAACAAAAAGUGAUCUCAUCAACUUCAUCUGAUGGUGAGACUUCGUGAAUCCAGAUUUGACUAAUAGCUAGGAUCAUUUAUAUUCAGAUCUCAUAUUUACGACAAUUAACUCCUGUUUAGAACAAAUUCAAUUCAACGGUGUAGCUUCAUGCGAUGUCUUUGUGUCAUCUGUGAUCUCAUGAAAUUUUUAAACGACAUAACACAUCAUUUUGUCCUCCUUUUUACUCUAUCUCUCUCAUUUGACAAUUGAAGAAUUAUUAAAUUCCAAGGUUCCC